UUGUUUCCCCGUCCAUAUCUAUCCAUAAUCAGAACAACAAACAUCACUUCUUAAAUCUACGCUUCACAACUUUGAAACGAAAACACCAAUCCUCCACACUACAUCAUCGAAAACGCGCGAAAAACACAACAGACUACAGUCGAGCACCAUUUCAAAUUAUCGACAAACCCAACAAACACCAAUACCCAAAACAUACACAAUGGCCGGCUGCAACAUCUUCUCCCGCAAAAGCCAUGCCGGUAUCCCAUUCGGUGGCGAAGCCCCCCGCAAAGUGUCCGCAUCACGCUCGGGACGAGCCAGCGUUAGCUCUGCUGGCCGAGGACGUCUAUCCACAAGUGGCAUGCCCGCCGACAGACAGAGCCACUCCCGAGGGGCCUCUACUGGUGGUGGAUUGAGGAAAGGCAGCGCCGUGUUGCGAUAAAUCAACCUCAUCAUGAUGUUGAUGACAUAAUUCACAUCAACUAUGAACGAAUUACGACAUUACACCUAUUUGCGACCGAUGUGAUCCUAUUGGAUCUGAAUGAUGAAGAGCACAUGUGCAUUGCAUUGUAAUUGUAUGAUAGCGACGCUAGUUUUGGGAUGAGCAUGAUUAUCUUAUGACGGUUUGGACUUGUUUACCGUUUUCAAUAACUUUGACCAUCUCAUGAUGGCUCCAUAUGUAGCAUGAAUUUGAUGACAGCAUCAUUGAACCUUAUUUUUACAUCAUCGUGAGCCUUUGUGAUCUUAGAACUCUAAUACUACCUACAAUCUUGAAGCACGCACUCUCAUAGUUGUGAUUACAGCUGAUUAUUCUACACUGUCGAUAUCAAUCUUGAUGUUCAUUUUCUGGGUCAAGGGUGUCGGGUGCUCCAAAGCUGUACGAGAAUCUUCGUUUCCACUUGCAUAUGUCAGGCCUUUCUCCACGUUUUGCUUUGGACAUCGCCCA